AUGGGGGACGUGCACAGCAGAAAAAACUCGCCAUUCCCAUCACCUACAGAGACAGUGUCGUCCGUUGCCGUGUCACAGCCUCCUCACGUACAACCCCCGCGGUCGCCGAAAUAUCUUCCCCCAGACCAGGAUCCCAUUGAGCGAUCGAAGGAUGGCUUGUUGCUUGGAGUAGACGGCUUGACGAAAACGACAGCCCGCCAGCCUCGUUUUUCGCGUGGGGAUUCCGCUGAGCAGGUCACUGGUUUGACUCCGAUUACCGAGGACACGCGAUCGGUAAACGAGCCGCAAGAGGAUCAGGGUCGGCGCUCACAAACCUUGAAGGAACUGCGGAGACAGAUGGAAGAGUUGUUAGUAUACCAACAAAUGCAGCAACAACAGGCCCCUCCCGCUCAGGUCUCCAAGAGCUUGAAUGAUACUCCCCGAAAACGACGUUUAUCCAACACAUCUGUCACAGACCUUCCAUCCACGAUCAUUCACCCAUCCUCCGGCUCCGUUGGCUCUGGAGGAACUAUUAAAGCUGCCGAACCCGAUUCCACAGGCCAGACCAUGGAUCAAACACCUUCCUAUCCGUUCCCCAGGGUACAGAAAUCGGCUCAAUCUCAAUUGGAGGAAGCGGGGCAUCGGAAUCAAUUCCGAUUGAAACUUCCACAGAAGUCAAAUUCGAGAUCUCAAUCCCCAGAGCAGAAGCAAGCCUCGGUUCAGCCUUCGACUUUACCGCAAGGCCUUUUCCAAUCCGACAACAAUGCGACACCUGACAACUCUGAAUUCCCAAACCCUGAUCUGUGCGAUUUGACGCUGAAGCUGAAUGCGGAUGCCGGUUUAGAAGCGUGGUGGUCGAACCUGAUUGAUAUUAUGCAAAGCAACUAUGGGGCCGAACGUGUAUCACUUGCCCUUCCUGGAGAUGCGACAGAUCUUGAGAAUGUACCAUGGGGUCAAAAGGCGGUUUUCAACCAAUAUGGCAGUGCGCCGGCGGAAGACUCGCGAAACCCCCCCAUGCCGCGCACCCGCGAUGAAAAUGAUAAUGACGGUGAUGCGCCACCUGAAACCCCAAUUGCACGAACAUAUAGCAAUGAAGCGGGGUACAAGGGAGAUGAACCUGUGGCCUCCAACUUGAAACAUGCAGGGAACGCCUCAAUGCGACCACCACUCUCAUCACGUCACUCUUUUGCAGGAUUUGGCUAUGGUAAAAAGCAGACGACAGAUCUCGACCGAAAUCACCAGCUGUCAAAGACAAAUAGCAUCAAGUCGGAGAAGAGGCAUGCUCGAAUCGCGGGUAAAUCGGGCCCUACAGAGGUCAAGCUCUCUUCAACCACCCAGAAUUCUGCCAAAACUCAACCUGGAGCCAAUGAAUUCGCCAGAGGAUCGACAGAAUGUCUCCGACAAGCAGUGUUUCCAUUGACAAGACCACUUGAGAUAGAGCCAGAUCCGCUCAUCAAGCGGGCAGGUGUAGUAAAGCUUUUCGGCCGGACAACUCCUGUUAUUCUUACGCGUGAGUAUUCUGAGAACUCGGCCCAGAUUCUAAAAAGGCCAGCCCAGAGUCCGCUAGAUACAGUUCAGAUCACCCCGGGUAGCGAGGCACCACAUGCACCCGCCUACUCCUCAGGGGAUCCUGCGCAGCAGGAAUCCUCUGGAAAUCUUGCGCCCUUCGGGUUCCGGUCGUAUGAUGAAUAUGAGCAGGUUCCGCAAUCACCUUGGUCUCAAUCCCCUGCACCCUCACCGGCACCCCGAACAAAUCCCGACCAAAAUCCCUUUUUCCUGAGCCAUGCAGUUGAUGAAAGCGCGUUUGAGAAGAAUCCACCCUCACAUGAUUAUUCUAACACACAUCCAUUGGAGGCCAUUGGCAUAGAUCAGUCCAAGACAAUCAUUCACUUGCCUCUUCUACACCGAGGUCAAUCCAACCAAGCUUCUCCAUCGACUCUGAGGUUCCCGGUGGCUGUUGUCUCAUUGCUGUCCGCAAUUGUACCAUAUCCGCCGAAUCUCCGCAAGUCUCUUGCAAGUCUCAUGCCCCAUUUAACAAACUCAUUUUGCCUGGCCCAACAAUACAGCCAACUUGAGCGCCAACUGAUGUCGAAGGUUGAAAUCCCGCGUUACGGUCAUCUACUUGGACUCGGUGGUACGUUCUCUGAUGCAAGCAGCGAGCUGGAACUCGUUGCAGGCCUAAGCGGCCAUGUCAGCUACUCUGUGGGUGACGAAAGUUCUAUGUCCGCUCGCGCUAGUGUCACCAGCCCAAGUGAUCGUUCAUCCACAAAGUUCAGUCCAGCCAUAUCAAAUUUCGGAACCCCUGGCUUCGAAUAUGGUCAACAUAUUGGACUCGCUUCAGCAACUCUUUCUCCAGCAGUAACGGGACGAGACAAUACGGACAGUUAUUUUCCAGCUCAGAAUUCAAAGUAUUCCCGCGAUAACGGACCGCAGUAUCGUCCCCGGCUUGCCAAAUCCAAGGCAAAGGUUGUCGCAUCGAACCCGCCCUCACCUGGGAAAUUAACUGGCAACGUACCCAAAAAUGAAGAGAGCAGUUUCCAAGACCCAACCCUCAUUACUGCAUCCCCAUUCCAAGAGAUGAGGCCUCCCUCUAUCGUCUCCCCAACUCAACCGUCAUCGCGCCAAGCAUCUACGAACUCAUUUUAUGCGCAACUCCAACGGGAGUUACCUCGUCCGUUUUCCGAUACCAUCGCCCAAUUAAUGCUUAAUUCUAUUCCUCUACAUCUUUUCCUUGCCAAACCCCAGAGUGGUGAAGUCAUCUGGACCAACGCCAAGUUUGAUGCAUACAGGAGAAGCAAGCCCCACGAGCAAAAGCUGCGAGAUCCUUGGCAGAAUAUUCACAGCAGCGAGCGGGAUCAUGUUUCGAGCGAGUGGGAAAAUGCUUUACGAACCGGCUCUCAGUUUACGGAAAGAGUGCGCGUGAAAAGAUUCAAUGAUGAGACUGCCUAUCGCUGGUUCAUCUUUCGAGCUAACCCGCUUCUCUCUGCAACGGGAGAAGUACUUUACUGGAUUGGAUCUUUCCUUGACAUUCAUGAGCAGCAUAUUGCUGAGCUGAAGGCAACUCAGGAGAGAGAGAAAUUUGCCACCGAUGCCAAGUAUCGCGCGUUCUCAAACUCGAUUCCUCAAGUUGUGUUUGAGGCAACAGAGAAUCGAGGUUUGAUUUUCGUCAACGAACAGUGGAAUUUGUACACAGGCCAAGAGCUUGGAGAGGCCCUCGACCUCGGUUUCGCUAAACAUGUUCAUCCAGACGACCUGGAGAAAUGCGGUGGUCUUUCUGCAGCAACGAACCACCAUCCAAAUGGAAAUGUCGAGUUGGGCAAAUCUAUGGAUGCAGGGAGCAGAAUAAUUUCAUCGGAAAUUCAUGGCGUUUCAUCUGCAUUGGACGAACUUGUGAGACGUGGCGUUGCCUCUUUGCAGAAGGACGAGAAUGGUCGCGUCUUCUACUCUACUGAGAUCCGCCUUCGCUCUCGUGGAGGGGACUUCCGAUGGCAUCUGGUUCGUUUGGUUCGUGUUCAUACGAGCAGCUUUGGUAGCGAAGAGGCAUCUUGGUACGGCACUUGCACUGAUAUCAAUGACCGCAAGAAUCUUGAGAGGGAGCUCAACAAAGCAAUGAGUCAACUCAACAACCAAAUGGAAUCCAAGACCAAGUUUUUCAGCAAUAUGUCGCACGAGAUCAGAACACCUCUCAACGGAAUUCUCGGUACAAUUCCGUUCAUUCUGGACACUCAACUUGAUAGUGACCAGAGACGAAUGCUUGAUACCAUCCAAAAUAGUUCUACAAACCUCCGAGAACUUGUGGAUAACAUUCUAGACGUCUCUCGUGUUGAGGCUGGUAAGAUGUCGCUGGUGAACUCCUGGUUCCAUGUCCGGUCCAUGAUCGAGGACGUGAUUGAUACCAUUGCUUCCCGAGCCAUCGAUAAAGGUCUGGAGAUAAACUAUGUCAUGGCUGCAGAUGUGCCAUCGAUGGUAAUUGGCGAUCGUUUCCGAAUUCGUCAGGUCCUCAUCAAUCUUGUCGGUAAUGCUGUCAAGUUCACUCCGCAUGGCGAAAUCCAUAUCUCUUGCAACCUUCUUCACGACGAAAAUGCCAAUAUCAAGAUUUCUGAAGUUUUCCUCAAUUUCGAUGUUGUUGAUACAGGCAAAGGAUUCAGCGCAGUAGAUGCGGCGCGGCUUAUGCAACGAUUCAGUCAAUUGGGUGAGAACGGGUCACAGCAAAAUGCGGGCAGUGGUCUGGGUCUGUUCUUGUCGAAGCAGCUUGUUGAGAUGCAUGGUGGCAAGCUUACCCCCAGUAGUAUGGAGGGCAAAGGAGCCAAAUUUUCCUUUAAUGUAAAGGUCGAUGCUCCCCCUCCGCCGUCUCCAUCCGAAAGACCCAACCUCCUUCGUCAAGCUUCCACUGCGUCUAGAAGACCAACGGCAUCGAGAACAACUUCAUACGACCAAUACUCACUGUGGCCGUCACGUGGUUUUGACCCAAAGCUGCAGGACACUGCACUUCUUUCUCCGGGCUUGGACUCUCCAGCCUCCGCGUCACACUCUCCUACCUUCAGUAGCUCUGCAACUGGCUCGGAGGCGAAGACGUUAAACACUCCGUCUGUGCCCUCCUCUGCUCUCCCAACCCCGGAUAUUACGACUGCGCAAAUACCGCCACUGGAUAUCCGAAAGAUUGAGCGUAGUCCAAGUGUCACCGCUCGCCCACAGGCAAUUCCAGAGACAUCUUACGGGAUCGUAUCGCAGAAUCCGGUCAGAUUUGUCCCGCCGCCAUCGGAUGACACUUCUGCACCAACGCCGACUGGUUCAGCAGGGUCUCCACAGGGGCCUCUGUCCAUCUUCAUAUUGUGCCCACUUGACAAUACCCGCAGGGCUACGAAGCAGCAUAUUGAGCAAGUUGUUCCGCACGAGAUUCCAUUCAAGAUCACGACUCUGCCUGACGUUGAUGAAUGGAAGGACUUGAUUCAACCAGGAUCCAACGCGCAGUGCACCCAUCUGGUGCUCAAUUUGCCAGCCACGGAUGAGAUUCUAGACGUGAUUCAACACGUAUCGGAAUCUGACUCAAGUACGGCGCCCGUGAUUGUCAUCAUCUCAGACUUGUAUCAGAAGCGCCAGAUCAGCACACGCGUCAAGGAGCUGGCAGCAUCGGGGAAGAAGGUGUUCAUUGUGCCGAAGCCUGUCAAACCCUCUGCCUUUUCAAUAAUUUUCGACCCCGACAGUAAGCGCGAACUCAGCAAAGAUCGCAAUCAGGACAUGGCUCGCGAGAUCAACAACAAUUUCAAGACUGUCUCCAAAAUGGUCAAGGAAGUUUUGGGCAACAAAGGGUACCGCAUCUUGCUUGUGGAAGAUGAUGAGACUAAUCGUGAUGUCAUGCUGAAAUAUCUUGACAAGAUCAAGCUGAUGUCCGACACUGCAUCCAAUGGCCAAGAGGCUCUUGAUAGGGUGUUUUCCAAAGAACCUGGUUAUUACUCCCUCAUUAUUUGUGAUAUUCAAAUGCCCAUCAAGAACGGAUAUGACACUUGUCGAGACAUACGUGCCUGGGAGUUGAAAAAUCACUACCCUCAAAUUCCCAUCAUGGCUCUCUCAGCCAAUGCGAUGACGGAUCAAAUCGAGGAUGCUGCACGUGCAGGCUUCAAUGACUAUGUCACGAAACCUAUCAAACACAACGAAUUGGGAAAGAUGAUGAUGGGUCUUCUUGACAACCAUCAACCUCUUCUUCUUCUUCGCGAUCGUCUUCACCCUGGAAACCCUCAAAUUACUAGCCGCCGCUAG